GCAAAACGCUCGUUCGCAUUUGUUUUGGAAUCGAAACUAGAAUUAAACAGUCUCAGUGUUGGUAAGACCUCGAUCUCAAUAAAAAACCAAGGCUUCCUGAGCAGGGGCUACUUUUACACAAGUUGAAGAGGGGAGUCUUAUUCCCCGGAGCUUGAGCUCAAAUUAUGGGCAAAUACCGCUCUGACGAUAGUGACGAUGAUUACAGAAAGGCGAAGAAAAAGAAGAAAAGAAGAGCUCGUUCUCGAUCCAGGUCAAGCAGUGAUAGUGAAUCGUCUAGGUACUCCAGCUCAAAGACCAAAAAGUCUAGAAAGAAGCACAAGAGGUCGUCUAGGAGUCGCAGUCGGUCAACUGACAGGCGACGACCGGGAGAGGGGCGUACUCGGAGAUCAAGGUCUCGCAGUACUGACAGAUAUGCCUCAAGUAGAGCGAGGUCUCAUUCGAGAUCCCCAAGUCGAAGGAGUCGGCGAAGGUCAAGAAGUCCCUCCGGAAGACGUCAGAUUUCCCCAGCCCAUUCAAAGUCUAGGCGGUCUCGGUCCAGAGGAAGGCACUCAAGGUCAUACUCAAGGGACAGGCGGUCGAGGUCAAGGUCUGCCGGAAGAACCGGUUCGAGAAGGUCUUCCCCUGACAGACGCCGCGACACCAGUCACUCCACAGCCAGCCCGUCUAAUGUGGCCCUAAAGGGACUGUCUCUAUCUGAACAGGAGGGCACUGCACCCACGGAGCUUUUGACACCAGCAGAGCAAGCUGAACAGAGAAUGCGACUUGCGCUGAAGGCAGCUGCUGCUGCGGACGAACAACUGCGAAUGAAGAACAUGAAAGAGGAUGCGAAUUCCAACUCUUCCCUGGGUACCUCUUCCAUGGGUACCUCCUCCCUGGCUGUCCUUGAGCACCAGGACUUUGCCGGCUCAGUUGCAGCUAUUGAGUCGGACAGCUUUGUUGUAUCCUCCUUCACUUCGUCUCGAUCUAAGGUCAAGGAGGAACCCUCAGAGCUGCGACUCAGCCAUGACGAUGCUAUUUUUGGUUCACUGGCGGUCACUGGCUUUACUCUCAAACCAGACCCAGACACACGGCCCAUCGACAUGGAUCCUGACUCAAUUAUGCAUCCAAGUUUGUAUUGUGACCCAGACGAGAAGAUGGACAGAUGGAUGCAGAGGCUUGCACAGCUGAGGAGGAGGAAGCUGGAAGGGGAAGCAAUGUAGAGGGAAGGACGGGGAAACAAUGAGAAAUUCCUCUAAAUGUAAGAGGAAGAGAGAGUGGCAGAAACACUGUCUGAGUCUGUGCCAAGUAUAACCCAAGGUCGUAGGUCGCCCUACUAUAAGUGAAAGAGAGUCCAAGGCUCUGAAAGGAGGAUAAAGUAGUCUCAGUGAUGCUUAAGUCUGGAUUCACAGGUUGGCAUGUGGAUGAAAAUAACAGUGGAUACGACCCACUGGUCAUAGGUCAUUUUGACUAAUGUCAUGAGAAUGAAUGCUUCUCUACAAGGAAAAAUGAUUGUAGGGGUUCUUAGAUUCUGUGUGCUUAGUGUGACACUGAAGUCAGGUUUCUAGACCAUCAAAAGAGUGAAAGUGAAUGAAUGAAUGUACAAAGAAAAGAUCAUUUAAUAGAAUAUAGUCAAGAUGGAUGAAGUCCCCAAGUGUGAUUCCAAGGUCAUAGAUUAUAGUUCAUAGAUCGUCAGAGGUCAAAGUGUCGCAUACUCUGCACAGGAGGAUCAUCUAUGGACAGAACCUCACACAGAGUCCCCCCCUAGCCUCAGAGUGAAGAAGACAGAUCUUGUUCUGAGAUGCUCAGUCAGACAAAAGAGGAGACACUGACUGUUUUGACUCUAGUACAACAAAGAUCCUCAUAACCUGGACUUGCUAGCACCUGCCUGCCCCCCCCCCCCCCCCCCCCAAAUUGAAGAGUUCUCCUCAAGGUCACAGUGCAGAAGUUUCAAAGUUUUAGCAAGUUGGUAUACGAUGCGUCAUGCCGAAGACUGUAGCAAGGCAAUUUGCUUGCUUCUUGUUUGUUUUUCUGGGAUUUGUUUUAAGUUUUCGUGAACGGAUCAUCAAAGUAAAAAAAUGUUUGUUACAAAAAAAUA